AUGGUUUUUUCGUUAAACUGUAUUAUUCUAGACGACACUACUACGUUCCCGAUUACUCUUGGCAAGAUAAUCAUCUUAGAUAAUAUACAAUAUGAUAUUAGCGAGUUUAGAAUUUCAAACCUCAAGCGGUAUAUCUUUUCUAAGAAAAAAGAAAGUAAACUUAGUGGUAUUAGUGAUCCUGAUGAUUUGAACCUUUGGCAGGUUAAUGUCAGUAAAGACAAGCUUGAAGGUGUUUAUACUACAGAGCACAUAACAAAUGAACUCAAAGGCAAGAAGAUGGACGAGGUGGAUUUUAUUACUAACUAUUUUGAUGUUAAUCAUCGACCUGACAAGAACAUUCAUAUUAUCGUAGUCCCUUCCACUUCCACUGAUUACCUAUAUAAAAGACCAAGGCUUGAUUUUAAUAACAUUCCUUUAGAUUUAGGACAGUCUCCUACACAACUUUUACAUACUGGCGGAUGUUCUUGGGAUUAUCAAGAAUCAUCUGAGUUGGAACAAGAAUUAAGAAAAGAA